AUGAGUGAUGUAUACGUAGUGAUUAAUAUCGCUACUACUUGCGACGAAACUAAUACUUAUGUCACCAAAGAUUCAACUGAAUUGAUAGAAUUUUCGUGGUCAACCAUCGAUGCGGUAACUACUGAAGUUUUACAUAAAGAAUCAAUUUUAGUCAAACCUACCAAUACUCCAAUAACUCCUUAUUGUUCACAAUUACACAAAUUAACUUGGGAACAUGUUAGAAAUGCAGGAACUUUCAAGGAUGCUAUUCAACAAUUUGAUAACUAUGUUCAGGUAAGCUUAAUCAAUAAUAACAAAUCAUUUGUAUUUGUCACCAUGGAUUUAAAAUCAUUUAAUAUUCAAGUACCAAGAGAAGCAAGAGAUAAAUCAAUCGUUUUACCAUCAUACUUACAAAUGCCAAAAAUCUUUGAUUUAUCAAUUGAAUAUUCUAAAUGGCAAUUAUCUCAUCCAGAAUCUUUAAGUUACCCUGAAUUAAACUCAUCAUCAGUAAAUGGUUCUUCUACAGUUGAAUUAUUAUCGAAUUUAGCAGCAUUAACUUCUGAUUCAUCAAACUUAACCACUCCAAGUUUAACUCCAAAUUCAACUUCUUCAACAAAAUCAUCAUUACUCACGAGUAUUUACUCAAAAAUCUUAAUUCAAUUAAUUAAAAAAUCAUUACCCAUCGAAGAACAUCAAAAUGUAUUGACAAAACCUUAUGAUUUUGAACAAGAUGUUAAAAUGUUUUUAUCAGAGAGAUCUAAAAUCUUAUAUCUUUCCAAUUUAUCUAAUGAUACUACUCAAUCAGAAUUAGAGUCUUGGUUUACUCAAUAUGGUGGUAGACCAAUCGCAUUUUGGACUAUUAAAAAUUUAGAGUCAUCAACUAAUUCUAAAUCUAAAUCAAAUGGAAUUUCCGGAUUUGCUGUCUUUUCAACUCAUGAAGAGGCCACCGAAUCACUUUCUAUGAAUGGAAAAGUUUUUAAUGAUAGACCUAUUGAAGUCCAACCUUCUUCAACCAAAGUGUUGGACAAAGCUAGUGAUUUGUUGACUCCUUUCCCACCUUCAAAGAAUAGACCAAGACCUGGUGAUUGGACUUGUCCUUCAUGUGGAUUUUCUAAUUUCCAAAGAAGAACUCAUUGUUUCAGAUGUUCAUUCCCAGCUUCUUCAGCUGUAGCAAUCCAAGAAUCAAUUUAUUCAUCUAAUUCUGAUCAACAACAACAGUAUAAUUUACAUUCUAAUGGAAAUGGUCAUAAUAAUUUGAAUUAUAAUAAUAACCAUUUGAAUUCUAUCAACAACAACGGCAAUAAUAACAAUAAUUUGAAUAAUGCUAAUAACAAUAUGAACAACAAUCAUAAUCGUUUACACUAUAAUAAUAAUAAUGUACCAUUUAGAGCUGGAGAUUGGAAAUGUGAUUAUUGUACUUAUCACAAUUUUGCUAAAAAUUUAUGUUGUUUAAAAUGUGGUGCUAAUAAA